GUCAACCAUCGAUCUCACCCCCCCGUCGCGCACCACUAAAUAUCCUCUACUAUCCCUACAAAUCCUAUAUAAUUCAGACUCUGCGGAGGAGAGUGUGAGCUCGACUGUUUACUAGAUUGCUUACCUAAGGUGAGUCAUCAAAUCAAACGAUACUUUCUCCACUUUACUGCGUUAUUCAUUUGCACGGGUGAAUGAAAAAGGAAUCAACGGCCAGGAACGCUGAUAUCCUUUUAAACGUGCGUGACCAUUUUUGCACUUAUCGAAUAUGAGUCGCUUUUUGGUUUUUAUUUUCUUCCUGAUUGGAUUAUUCGCACAUUGUAAUUCAUUAGACUACAAUGUGGGAACGUACACACAAGUCGUGGACCAUUUUAACUGGGAUAUAAACCUAACUUUUGAACAACGCUAUCUCUACUCAGAUGUUUACUGGGAUAAUGGUCCAUUUGUGGUUUAUACUGGAAAUGAAGGCGACGUGGAAGGCUUCUGGAGCAGCGCAGGGUUUACCUUUGAAAUUGCUAAAGAGUUAAGUGGUUACAUCUUAUUUAUAGAGCAUCGCUAUUAUGGCAAGUCGUUACCGUUUGGUACCGAGUCUUUUGACCACGAUAAAAUCGGUUAUUUAUCCAUAGAGCAAGCUAUUGCUGAUUAUGCCCUGGUUAUACAGCAUAUCAAGGCAAAACUUGGUGCCACAGAUAAUCCAGUCAUUGCACUAGGCGGAAGUUACGGAGGAAUGUUGAGUGCUUACUUCCGGUUUAAAUAUCCGAACGUUGUGGACGCGGCUUUGGCAGCAAGCGCUCCUAUAUAUCUGGCUGCAGGUUUGGCUAAUAAUCAUUCAUUUUGGGAGGUUGUGACCGCUGACUUCCAGGCUGCACAAGAAGAGUGCCCUACACGUGUUAGAAGUGCUUUCACGGAACUCCAGAAGCUCCGAGAUUCCGGUGCUGCUGGAUUGCAGGAAAUAUCCAAGAAAUUUCGACUUUGUAAAGUACUUGAAUCUGCCCAACAAGUUGAUCACCUUAUCGGUUGGAUCCGGAACGCGUUUGCAAUGAUGUGUAUGGGUGAUUAUCCAUAUGCAUCCUCAUUCUUUGGGAAACUUCCUGCCAAUCCUGUAAAUGUCACGGCAGACCUAAUUAUGGGUGCUGAUGAUGCUCUAGAAGGACUUGUCUUGGGUACUGGAUUGUUCUACAAUGGUACUAGUAAUGAUACUUUGUCUUGCUUUGAUCCAUUUACUGAAUACAUUUCUUGUUCUGAUCCAACUGGCUGUGGACUUGGUCCUAACAGUUUAGCUUGGGAUUACCAAGCUUGUACUGAGCUGUAUUUAGCUAGCGGGACUAACAACGUCACGGAUAUGUUUGCGCCAUUAGCGUGGACACUGGAGAUGAGAGACGCGUACUGUCAGAAGACAUGGGGAGUUACACAAAGACCAGGCUGGUUUGCAACAUCACUGUGGGGAAAUUCAAUCAGUUCAGCUUCCAAUAUUAUUUUCUCAAAUGGUGCGCUUGAUCCUUGGAAAGAGGGCGGUGUUCCCAAGUCCCUUUCAGAUACCCUUGUUGCUUUAUUGAUUGACGGAGCCGCACACCACCUCGACCUACGAUCUUCAAAUCCUAAAGAUCCUCCAGCUGUUGUGGCUGCGAGAAAAACGGAACUCGUGUUGCUGAAGAAAUGGAUCUCACAUAAAACGAGCGAAAACGAAUGAAUCUCAAAUAAUUUCAGUCAGAACAUAAAAUUUAGAUGAUUGAGAAUGGACGUGACAUUAUUAGGGAUAAUUAAUUUACAUUUAAUUAAUUUUGAAUGCAUGCAUGGUAUGUGAACAGUUUUAGUCAGAACAAUCGAAUUAAUGAACAUCACGUAAUUAAAUUUAAAGGGGGAAAUUUGCCAACAUUUAUUAACUGAUUCAGUCUUAUAUUAACAAAAUACUGUACUACUAUAGAUUCUCGUGUUGUGAACUAGCUUGCGAAUAAAUUUCAACCGACGAAGUAACGUACAAAUAAGUUUGACGUUAGCAUGUUUAGAACAUUGAAAGUACGUUUUUUCCAGAGUUUCCUACGAAAUACUGCUUUCUAAUUGGGUAGAAGAGUGUUGUGUGUGACAGGGACGCCGGAACGAUGUGAAGGCAAGGGGGGCAGAUUUUCGUGAAAGGGCACUUUUGAAUUGAUAUAUACUAAGAGAUGUUUACAAA